GUCUCUUACGUUCCGCAACCCGCGGUGCCCGUCAGCCGUCUGCAAUGAGUUUAGUUUUCAAAACAAGACUCUGCUUGCCGCUUGUAGGCUGCACUUGCAUCUAAACGAAAACUUAAGGCAGAAUUGAAACCUGGUGAUUCGGAAGACUGUGCCUAUACUAGUGUUUCGUGUGAUUUUGAUUUUUCUCUGAUAUAUUUUCUGCCUUUUCGAUAAAACGUGACGAAAAAAUGGACACCCUUCGCGAGCAGGUGAUGAUCAAUCAGUUUGUGCUGGCUGCAGGUUGUGCCAGGGAACAAGCGAAACAGUUGCUACAAGCGGCUCAUUGGCAAUUCGAAACUGCUCUUAGUAUUUUCUUUCAAGAAGCUGCGAUACCUCCCUGUGCACAAGGACCUGGUACACAUUUUGGUCAAAUAACUCCAUGUAAUACACCGGCUACACCACCAAAUUUCCCUGAUGCACUUUUAGCGUUUUCCAAAAUGUCUGCGGGCGACAAAACUCCUUCGGGAAUGUCGCCAAGUCAAAAUGGAUUGCAUCAGAAUUCGAUGCAGAUUGGGAUGGCGCCACAACACCAUGGAGGACGGUGUAGUGUAACCGGGAACGCGCAACAGCAAGCACAGAGUCAACAAUUGGGCCUAGGCGAACCACAGAGAUAAAAGAAACUCGUGAUUCGGCGGCCCGUGUGUAAGAUCCCGAGGUCGCACGAUGUGCAUGUAAACGGUGUUUAAAACAGGAAGCAUGGUUUAUAAAAGAUCGACUGGCUCCCCAGGAUUAUACGCUGUGUAACCACAAGAGCGAUUAUUAGCCGAGAUUCACACGCUCGUAUCUCCUUAUCCCUAGAAAAAGGACGCAAGAUUUUCUGAAAAAUUGUGUGCACGGAGGAAAAUUCAAAUAAUUAUAUUAGACGUGCACCUAGAAGAAACGAGAUCUCUCCAUAGAAAAGGGAUCCUCAUCUUUCAUCGACUAUAAUACAUAUAUGGAAUUUAUAGAAUAGGUACGAUACGAUUCCUCUGUUGUUUAUUCUUGUUAUUCUUUGAUAUAUGUUGUAUAUUGAAAACGCAAGACGAUCGAGCCUGUUGAAACAUCUCGCAAGAAAAAAAAAAAAAAAAAAAAAAGCUCUUGUCUUCUUCCAUUGGAUUAUUCUGAGUGAUACGCAUUAAAAAAAAAGAAAAAAA